AUGUCGGGAGGGCGUGCGCGCGUGCGCGGGCGGCGGGGGCGGGGCCCGGAGCUAAAUAAGGCUGCGGCUCCGCGGAAUCCGCUAGUCUCCGCUGGUCUCCGCUGGUCUCCGCUUUGCCCUUCGCUUUGCCCUUCGCUUUGCCCUUCUGUUACAUUUGGACGUGCUUCUUACUCGAAGUGCAAUGGUGUGGUUGAUGGUUAUUUUGACCUCAGCAAGAAGGUAAUCGAGUUUGACCCUCCAUUAUACAAGCAGCGUUACCACUUCGUUAAAGAUUUAGUGAGUCGACAUAACACCAAGAAGGUUGCAGACUUAGGAUGCGGUGACAAUACGCUCUUAUGGAUGCUCAAAAUCCACAGUCGCGCUGAACUGCUUGUUGGAGUAGAUAUCAAUGAAUCUAGGUUACGUUACUCAUGGGAUAAGCUAUCUCCAUCCUGGGGGAACCAUCUAAGUCCCCGGGAUCUGGAUUUGACGGUUACUUUGUAUGUUGGCUCUGCUGUGGAGAGAGACAGUCGUUUGCGUGGAUUUGACUUGAUAACAUGUAUUGAAUUAAUAGAACAUUUGAAUUCAGAAGAUCUGGCCAGGUUUCCUGAAGUUGUAUUUGGAUACUUCUCUCCAACCAUGAUAGUCAUCAGCACACCAAACUCUGAAUUCAAUCCCCUGUUUCCACUGGACAAUGCCUUAAGAGAUCUAGAUCACAAAUUUGAGUGGAACAGAAUGCAAUUUCAGACCUGGGCUUUAGAUGUGGCAAAUCGCUACAAUUACUCUGUGGAGUUUACUGGUGUGGGGGAACCACCAGCAGGAGCUGAGAACGUUGGAUAUUGUACCCAGAUAGGGAUCUUCCGGAAAAAUGAAGCAAAGGCAACUGAAUCGUGCGUUUCAGAGCAGGAUGGUGAACAUGCUUAUAAACUUCUUUAUACAGUCUCAUAUCCGAGUUUACAGCAAGAAAAAGUCCGUAAAUUUGUAGUGCUUAAUGAAGUGUACCGAGAAGUCUACAUCAUGAGACGUAGAUUUAUUCGAAUUCUGAUACCAAUGGAUGACUCUGAAUUUAAUAAUUCAGAAGACAGUGACGCUUCAGAGACUGAGUUCAAAGACAGGUUUGUUGGACCACCAGCCUUCACAGAAGCCCAGAAAGCUGAGUUCAGACUCCUUGGACCGGCCUUCACAGAAGCCGAGAAAACCGAGUUCGUACUCCUUGGACCGGCCUUCACAGAAGCCGAGAAAACUAACAUAGUGAAUUCUCCCAAACCUUUUUGUGUUGGAAAUGAGUUUUGUGUACCCCUAGAAAGGCUUCUUGCUUAUCCCAAGGUGAACCGCAUAUGUGAUAACAUAGAGAUGCUGAGAACGUACAUUGCUGACACAGUAACACUGAGCAGCGAUGGUUCCACAAUGAAGGUUGAAAUACCUGAUCAUGAUGAUUACUGAGCCAUCCUUGUUUCCUGAAAUUCAGGGUCUUGGCAAUAGUUGGAUUCAUUUAGAAUUUAAACUUUUUGUGUAGUCAUAAUUCAAGAAACCCUUGAAAUUU